AAUGCCGUUAUGACUGACUUGCACACGUGAAAUGUCAAAUGAUAUUUCAGUGAUUUUGUGAACGCAAUAUAAAGUCUGUUGUGAAUCCGUAUAACGUGACUUGCUUUUCAUUAAAAAUUAAGAUUUUAUAUAAGUAAUAAUAAUGAGUUUUGGGUUACCUUCACUUAAACCAAAACCUAUUCUGAACGGUCAAUUUAAUAUUCAUGAUGACAAUUAUGGUAUACCUAAUCCGAUGAUUUCAGGGUUAUCGGCAUCUAGACAACAUUUAGGUUAUGCACAUCCACUAGAAAUAUCUGAGAGAAAUUAUGAAAAAAAUCGUACUCAUAUAAAUAUGGUAUUAUUAAGAAAUUCACAAGGAUUACAUGCCCCAAUGCGUUUAGCAAUGGAAUUAAAAGCAACUGAAAAAAUUGGGCGAUUGCCAUUUCUUCCAUCAUCAAAUAUGAUGAAAGAUGUGUUACUUGGAAAAGAUGAAGAAAUAGGGUUUGAAGACAUAUUAAAUAUAUCUGAAUUUAGAGAACAAAUGGGUCAACCACAUGCUGUUAUUGAAAAAAGUCUUGGAAUAUUGUAAAUGCUUAUUUCUAUUUAUAAUAUAUAAAUCAUUACUUUGUAUUAUUGAAUAAAUUUGAGUAACAAUAAAUA